AUGAAAGGAUGUUCUAUUUUCAGAUCUGGGCAUUUUUUAUUUCUGCUUUGUCUUUUUGCUGUGGAGGGCAAAAAGUCAUCUACAGGAAAACAUACCUGCCGAAAAGGACUCCUCUCCCAGAUGACAGAGAACCUGUAUAUCAAGGCAACUAGUUUAAAAUCAUCUGUUCCUAAGGAUCUCAUCAAGACCACCAGACUGCUUAAAAAGACUACAAAAAUGCUGUUUAUGACAAACUGCAGUGUUCGAGAUCAGCUCCUCUCCUUCUAUGUGAAAAAUGUCUUCAGUCGUCUUGAGGUAGGAAGUGACAAGUUGUACUUUAUUAGUGCCUUCCAGGUCCUGCAAGCAAACAUGGAUGCCUGUCUUCCCUGUGCUCCAUCCACAAGGUUAACUUCUGAAGUCAAAAAGUUAAGGAGAAGGUUUCUUAAGCUUGGAGAUCAGGGAAUCUACAAGGCCAUCCAUGAGCUGGACAUUCUCCUUCCCUGGAUUCAGGCCUACAUACAAGCCAUCAUAUGA